UAAAAACACAUCAAAUGAAACUCAGUUUAUUGUUUACAUCGCUUUCUGCCAUCUUUUAUCUCGCUUCAGCCGAUACAAAUGAAGGAUCUGUUCUCGUCAAGAGAGAUCACGGCCUUCCUUACAGCUCUUUACCUUCAACGACAUGUUCUGUACCAGCAACUUGCAGCAAUAUUGGCAGUAGCGUUAAUUGUCGAUGCAGUGAUCAAAUCACUGUUUGUAUCAACAGCAACAAUCAAUACUGCUGGGGAUCACAAACAUUGACUUCAACCUCAUGCCCUAGUGCACCUUCUUCAUGUGGAUUAUCUGGAUCUCAAAGUAGCUGUCUCUGUAAUUCCAACAAUAUUCUCUGUGCAGACAAUGCCAAUAAUUACUGUUAUGGCACUAUCAGCGCAGGUUCAGUUACCCUCACUGGUCUUCCUAACGCAUCUGGUGGCCUCACUCCUGGCGCAUCUGUAUCUGCUAAUGUCACUUCCCCUUCUAGCUCUGUACCUGCUUCAUCCUCUACCCCUGCUUCUACAAAUGUUGCUGGUUUUACUACCAUCAAUGCUCCUACCAACGUUGUUACAACAUCACCUACUCCCACCAAUGACGCACAAAGCACGAGUGUAAAAGCACUAUUGACAUUAGGAUGUAUCUUGGUUGCUUAUAUUGCCAGUAACUAAGCAACAUACUUUGUCUACUCCUUGACUUUCUCCUUACACAAAUCAAUUUAUUUUAUUUUAUUAAAUUGAAAAAAAAAAUCAUUUUUUACAUAUAAUCACGUCAAUAUACAGCAUAG